GUGAACAAGUUCAAGUUCAAACAGCUGAUCCGAUUUGUUUUGGAUUUUCAUGUGAUAUAACGAAGCGAAAACAAUUCGAGCGGGCCAAAGGACACAUCCAGGAUGUUCCAGCACGGCCCCAUGCUGUGGCGACCACUGCUCGUCCUGCGCAGCCUGCACCUGAAUCAGCGCCAGCAGAUGAGUCACUAUGAUGCCCUGGGAAUCGGACGGCGAUGCACGCAGAACGAGAUCAAGGCAGCUUACUACAAACUCUCCAUGCUCUACCAUCCGGACAGGAAUCAGGGAAGCGAGACCGCCGCCAAGAAGUUCCGCGAGAUCAAUCAGGCGUACGAGAUCCUCGGCAACUACCGCCUGCGUCGUCUCUACGACAAGGGAAUCGUGCACACAGCGGGCGCCCAAUACGCACAGGAUGUCCACGAUGUGGCGGAGCCCGUGGUGGAGGACGAUCCGGAAACGAAAUUCUACAAGUCGCGCUUUCAGAAAUCGCGAGUCGCCGACGCAGAGGGGCGCCAACCCAUCUACGAUUUUGACGAGUGGUCCCGGAAUCACUACGGCAAAUCCUUUGACCGGCGACAGGCGGCCCAGGCCAAAUACGAUCGGAUUAGGGUGCAAAAGGAGACCAACAAGAUGUCUGGACAAACGGACAUGGUCCUGCUGGCCUUCCUCUUCUUCGGAGUGGCCAUUUACCUCAUGUUCCUCGCCGAGAGCUCCUACGAUACGCCGAAGCAGAGGGCGGAGGAGCGGCACAGACGGGAUCGCGAAGAACGAGAGCAACAGGUGACCGGGAAGAAGUCUUAGAGUUCCCUAGUCCACAGUGUAAAUAGAGUUAAGUUUAAUCAAUUAAAUCGAAAGGCUAUUUUUGUGAUUAAGAAA